CAGUCAUUCGAAGGCUUUCAAACUGAACAGUUUGUAUUUUCUCGUAUUUGUAUAUGUGGUAAAAUCUUAUCGUGCGUGUGACCCGGUAUAGAAAAAAAAAACACAAAAAAUCCUUUGAAGAUUUUCCAAAAAAAAUAGAAAAAAAUUCUUUUAUUUGUUGUGUUUUCUAAUGAAAACAUAAAAAUUAUAUAUAUUUGUGCCUUUUUUUGAUUUUCUGAUUGCUGAAAUUUAAAUAAGAAAAACAAGAACAAUGUCAACACUACCGUUCCUAUUAAGUGUUGCCGAUGAAUUGGACAAUUUAAACUCGCAAACCUACAUGGAUGAUUUUGGUCUAGGCUUUCAUCCACACCGUCACUAUUAUCGCAAUCCAAAUCCAUCAAUUCAACUAUCUUUGCCAGCUAGCACCGAUUGGAUUGAAGAAAAACAACGUUGCCGCAGUCAUAAGUUUGUUGGCGAUGAAUCACAAAAUAAUUGCGAUGACGAAGGAAAUAAUGAUGACGACGCAGCAGAUGAAAACACCACAAACCACACCUCAAAUCAAAAUUCAUUUGCCACCACCAACAAUUCGAACAACACAGACACAGAUAAUAUCGAUAACACUGUUAACAUGUAUAAUUUAACAAAAAAAUGUCGCAAAUAUAAUUACGGUCCAUCAACAUCGCAAGACAUUACCACUCCACCAUCGUCAUCUUCAUCAAUGAUGAAUUCAUCAAAAAAUCCAUCACAAACCAAACCAACUAAACCAAUCAAAGCGCUAUCGUGUCCAUCUCCAUCGUCAUCGGAUGAGAGUCUCCAAAAGACAUCGAUGACACUGUCAUCGUUCGCAUCGAUAGAGUUCUUGACUUGUUUUCCAGUUAAAAAGAACAAAACGCCAAAGUGCAGCAGCACCAACAACAAGAAGUCAUAGGGAAUUUGCAGCCCUUUGAAGAGGCUCCUUGUGAUGAGGUUGCAUGUUACAACCUUGUUCUAUUUGUACGUCGUCGUUGUGGGGCAUAUAUCAUCAACCUUUUUGCUACCACCAACACUUGAAAAAAAAAACCCCUUUACCCCCUCCUCCCCUACGGCAACUUUUUUUUCUAUCGACAAUUGUUAUUAUUAACUUCAAUUCUAAUGAUUGCAUACAUAAUAAUCUACUAGUAUAUAUAUAAUAUACUUAUACCAACAUCUUUAUAGAUACUCUCGUAUACAUAUAUAUACGAACGAAUUUGCUAAAAAAUCUUUUGUGUAUAUUUACAAGAAAAUAAACAAAAAUAACAACAACAACAAAAAAAACUAAUAUCUCGCCCCAUGUCCUUGCACCAAAUUCUAACCUCAAUCUGCACAAAAAAACAACAACAACAACAAGAGUAUAUUUCGCACCAAAAACAACAAAAACAAAACAAAAAAAAAAAACACUAGAGAGUGUGUAUUGCUUUUUGCUGCCGCUAGUAGUGCUAGUGCUGCUGCUUGCUACUCUGCUCCGCUUUCACCGAUAGAUGCACAAUAUGUUGUGUGGCUACUGUACUUAUAGAGAGAAAAUUAAUUGCUAUAAAAAAAGGAUACCAUCAAAUUAUGGAGGAAAAGGAAACUCCUCAAGGAUUUGUACAUUUUUAACUAUAUAUACAAAACGGGACAAGGUAGUUAAAUAUAUGUUUUAUAAGAAACAAAAAAAAAAAAAAUUAUAAUAAUGUGCUCUCUCUUGUUUCGGUGAGUUUCAUCGUCGUCAGUAGUCGGUGAGAGGAGAAAAUAUUAUUGCUAUGUCGUGUAUCGUAUAGUGGACAAAAAUUCAGGACAACAAUGGACGGACACAAUAAUAAAAUAUCGUGUGUAUGUGGAUAUACUUUUACUCUUAUACUUUAUACAAUUACUACUAAUAUACAUUAUAACAUACAUACAUAUAUACCCCAUAUAUGUAUGUAAAAAAGAUAUUUUUAUGGAAAAAGAAAAAAAAAUGUUGCAUGAUUUUGGGCGGUAGAAAAAAAAAAUAAUAAUAUUAUGAUGAUAGUACGAGUAUAAAGCAAAAAAAAAAGGAGGCGGAACAAUAAUAAUAAAGAACAAAAAAAAAAAUAAAAAAAAGAAGACAGCGAAAUUGAAUAAACAUAAUCGUGUGUCUGCAUUGCAGAAACGGGGGCAAGGAUGUUUUUAUUAUACAUGAUGAUAAUGAUGAUGAAGUAGAUGCAUUUUUAAUUGUUGUUUGUAUACAAAUAAAAAAUAAAAUUAAAUAAAAAAAAAUGAAGAUAAAAGAUAAAUAAAAAAAUAAUAUAAUACAAAAUAAGUGAAAAUGA